AUGAACUCACGAAAUUACGACAAUGUGCCGCCCAUAGUGGGUAACACGGUGACAAUUGCGACGACGGCACCGCAGGUGAGAAAAUUGAUAAAGUUUGCAGUUUUAUAUCUUUUUGCAGAUGCGAAUAUCGUCAAGCGGUCAGAUCCGACAGAUGCCGGUCCCGCUGCGGCAACCGGUGCCCAUCCGAAAAGUGGUACACGAUACGGGCGGUUCGACGCCCCUCCAGUACCUGCACCACCAAAUAAAAGAGGAUCCGGACGGUCUGGAAUACCAAACCGCGUCGACUUCGGCCUCUUCAGGUCCCCUGAUAGCCGGUCCGUCGGGAAAUUCCAACAAUUUCCAACAAUAUCAACGUGGCGGCGGACCGUCGACGUCAGCGAUUCCGUCGCCGUCCACCUCUUCGGUCAAUAAUCAAGCAUCGAUGGCGAUGGAUCAGCCGGCGCCGGUGAACUUGGCCUCAAAAGUGGCCGAAGUGUUUCUGACCGCCGGUCACGCAUUCCAAAAAUUGGGCGAUUUGACGUUGCAACUGCACACGACGACCGACACGGACGAGAGUAAAUGGUCGGAGAAGGAGGUCGAUAGCCUCAAGAACGCGCUGACCCGGUUCGCGCACGAACUCGAUCAGAUCAGCUCCUGUGUAACGAGUCGGACAACGUACGGAUCAGUUUUUGCACUUUUUUCAUAGUUUCACCGUGGAUAUCGAUUUCUAACAAAAGUACAAGGUUUUUUUGCAGAAAACACAUCAAGAACGACAUUAAAAGGCGGCACCUGAUCACGGACGAUUCGGGAAAUUCAGCAAAGAGAAUGGCGUUGGGCGGAGUGUCGGGCAGCGGAAGCGGAACUUACACGACCAUUAACACGGGCGGACUGAUAACCGGACACGCGGUGCCACUCGCACAGAAACGGAUCGGAAUGCAGCCGAUCAAGACGAUGAUGACCACGAGGGUAGGUGAUCGGAAUUAGGGAAAAAAUAUGGAUUGAUUCGUCGUUUCAGACAAUGGUCCCGACGCGGUACACAGUGGCGCCGAUGUCGUCGUCCGCGGGCGGCGGUAUCUCGCUCUCCAACUCGACGGUCCUCAUCGGAUCGGGCGGCGGUCCCUCGUCGUCGUCGUCGCCGGGACCGUCCGGAAUGCCGCAACUGCAGUCGCAAGGUGCCUCCACGUCCUCGUCUUCCGCGGCGCCUCCGCGUCUCGCGCCGGCCACACGGCUCAUGACGCCGGCGCAAAUGCUCGGAAAGCUGAAGCAGCCGACGAGCGGCGCGCUGACCCUGCAACCCGCUUCCGGCGCACUCAUACUCAAUGACGAAUGA